AAAGCCCACUGCAAAACUACCCUUAAUGGGCCUGAUCCACGAAAGUCGGCCGCUUUAGACUUGUAAAAUAUAUACACAGUCCAUCGUAUGUUACUAGAGAAAAAAAAAUUCGUCUCCGUUAAUCUAAACCUCUACAGAGAGAGUCUCAGGCUUGAUACGAUCUGUAACUAUGGCGGCAGAGCAGAAGGCGACUACUGAAGAAGUGAAGAUGGAUCUGUUCGAGGACGACGAUGAGUUCGAGGAGUUUGAAAUUAACGAAGAUUGGGUUGAGAAAGAGGAAGUGAAGGAAGUUGGACAGCAGUGGGAAGAUGAUUGGGAUGAUGAUGAUGUCAAUGACGACUUCUCGCUUCAGUUAAGGAAGGAACUUGAGACUAGCUCUGCUGAUAAGAAAUGAAUGAGAAGCAGCUCUCAAGAUUGAAAGAUCGUAUUUGAAUUUGCAUCCUCUGUUUUUUUUACUAUUGUUGCUUCUACUUUUACCCUUUUGCACAUUUUACUCUUGGAUGCAAUAUUCCCCAUCUAUCAAAUCUUAACCGCUUAAUAGAUUUAUUAUGAUUCAGUC